GGGCGUGUCUGCACUGUCAAGGGCGCCACAGCCGCUGUCACAACAGCUGCUGCUUCUUCUGGCUGCGAAAAUGACUGUGGGGGGCCCUGCGGGAGCCUCUGGCAGCGCAGAGUUCAGCCGUCAGAUAUACGCUCCAAAAUCCUCCUCAGACACUGAGACAGAAGAUGAACUAUCUGGGGAUGGGCUGGUGUUGCCCAGAGCUGGCAAACUCUAUGAGUUUCUCAGCCCAGAAGAAGAGACAGACUCUACUUCUGACUCCACUGGGAGCUUUUACGGGACCCUGCAGGUUCUAAAGCAGAAAGGCAGCUGGGGUCUGUUGGAGUCCCUCACAGCCUCUGACCUAGACAGUGAUAAGAGCAUCUCUGAAGAUGAAGAUCUGGAGAGUUUCUUCCAAGACAAGGGCCGAGGGAGGCCGCCGGUCCAGUGCCCUCCAUCUGUGAGAUCCGCUUUCUCCCCCAGGCGUGAACCCAGGAGACGUUGCAGUUCUCUGAGCAGCCUUCCCUGUGAUGUCCCCGAGGCCCAGGCCCAGCCACCCUCAGGCUCUGGGCUUCACUCCCGACACAGAAGCAUCAGCUCUUGGGCAUCUUCCAUCACUGUCCCUCGGCCAUUCCACAUGACACUGCGUGAGGCCCAGAAGAAAGCCCAGUGGCUGGCCUCACCUGCUUACUUUGAACAAGGGAAGCAGCAGGCCCAGAGGCAGGGCCAGGAGGAGGCUGAGUGCCACCGGCAGUUUCGGGCACAGCCUGUGCCAGCACACGUCUACCUGCCCCUGUACCAGGAGAUCAUGGAGCGCAGUGAAGCCCGGAGGCAGGCAGGCAUCCAGAAGAGGAAGGAACUGCUCCUCUCUUCCCUGAAGCCCUUCAGCUUCCUGGAGAAGGAAGAGCAGCGGAAGGAAGCUGCUCGACAGAGAGACUUGGCUGCCACAGAUAAGGCUGAGGUCCCCCAAAAGAAAGCCACUCGAAGGAUCCCAAAGUCCGUUCUGGAGCCCGCCCUUGGAGACAAACUUGAGGAAGCUGAGCUCUUCAGGAAAAUUCGCAUCCAGAUGCGGGCCCUGGACACGCUGCACAAGGCCGCCUCCCCUCUGGCCUCCUCUAGCAGCCGGCCUAACCCACAGCCCCGCACAGCUGCCCGUACUCAGGAGAAGAAGCUCAGCUUCCUGCAGACCAACUUUGGAUUCCAGCCUCAGGUGAAUCCUGUCAUCCCUGACCACGAGGCCCUCUACAAGGCUUUCCAGAGGAGAGCUGCCAAGAGAAGGGACACACGAGAGGCCACUCGCAACAAGCCUUUCUUACUGAGGACCGCCAGCCUGUGCCACCCUCCGCGGUCUUGUGACACAGCAGCUUCCAGAGGAAGAAAGGGUUCCCUAGAGCCACCAGCUACACCCCUGCCCAGGAGUCGCUCUCUGAGUGGCCUUGCUUCGCUUUCUGUUAACACCCUCCCUGUGCACAUCACAGAUGCCACCAGAAAGAGGGAGUCUGCAAUCAGAAGUUCACUUGAAAAAAAGGAGAAGGCAGAUGAGAGUAUUCAGUGGUUAGAGAUGCACAAAAAGAAGUGUCAAGCACUGUCAAAGUCUGUGGCCUUGCGUGCAAAAGCCAUGGAUCCCCAUAAAAGCCUGGAGGAAGUGUUCAAAGCCAAGCUGAGAGAGAACCAGAACAAUGACCGUAAAAGAGCACAAGAAUAUAAAAAAGAACUGGAAGAAAUGAAGAAGAGAAUACAAACAAGGCCCUAUCUCUUUGAACAAGUUACCAAGGACCUUGCCCGGAAAGAAGCAGAGCAACGGUAUCAAGCCACGCUGAGGCAGGCUGGGCUGGAGGAGGACUUCGUAAAGAAGAAGAGUCAGGGCACCCGAGCUGUGCACUGGAAGGAUGACGCCCAAGGCAAGGAUUUGCCCAGUACCAAUGAAAUUAUAACACUCAACAUCAGGGAUCCACAGCAAGAUUCAGAGGAACCCCUAAAACAGGUGACAAGCACUAAGAAAGCCUUGGAGAUGUUGUCUUAUGAAUCACCAGACAAUCUCAAACCACGCACUUAACCAGUACACUUAACAUUACUGCUUCUGAACAUCAUGCAUCUAACUAGGAGCUGAGUGAAAGCAAACAAAAUUUGGAUGUCAUGGCCACAUGGUGAAGUGACAGAAGCAAUUUGAGGAAAUCAAAAUAGACAAGUAUAGAGUAGUGGGAUCACAGUUCACAGGUAAAGUACUUGCUUUUUCCCUGACACUUAAAUAGAGGGUAGUAUUUUCCUUUAGAAUACUCCCUGCUUGUCCAGAGUAGCUCUCACUAUGUAGCCCAGGAUAGCUUUGAACUCUGUGAUCCUCCUGCCUCAGCCUCCUGUGUGCUAGGAUUACAGGUGUGUGCUAUCACACCCAGCCACAUUUAUAUGAACCUGCGUUUCCAAUGGAUGGCAGUCAGCAGCUGCAUCUACCAUAUUCUAUCAUGUCUGAACAACCCUCACUAAGUCCAGACCUUCAGAAAUUGCCAAUGAUGACAUAAGUAUGUUUGAAACAAGAGUGAGUUUAAAUGGCAAUCUUUUACUGUUUUUUUUUUUAAAUUUGAACAUUCAACCAUAUAUUCUGAUUACACCUCAUAUAGGCAUGUACCACCAGCCCCGAAUAAAGUUUUUCAUUUCUAUUGGCCAGGCACACCAUUCCAAAAGAUGUUUCUUCAUGCUGGGUAUGGUAGUGCACGCCUAUAAUCCCAGCAUUUCGGAGGCAGAGGCAGAGGCACAUCUGAAUUUGAGGUUAGCCUGACCCUGUCUCAGAAACCAGUGGUGCUCCCUGUCUCGAUACCACAAAAGGAUAGUGGUGGUGAUACACAAGCCCAGAUGCCUACUGGGGUUAAUCAUGAAACAAAUGAGUCGGGCUGGGGAUUUAGCUCAGCACCUGCAUAAGCACCUGCCUUGCAAGCAGGCAGUCGUGAGUUCAAUCCCCGGUACCGAUAAAAAGGAAGACAAAAAAAAAAAAAAAAAAAGAAAGAAAGAAACAAAUGAGUCAAAUUGAUAGAUGCAAGGUAGUAGGAGUAAGUAAUGAGUAUAAAACCUGCUGGAAAACAGGCCCAACACUGCCAGAUCAACAUUUUCACCUGAAACCAGGAAUUUACACGUUUGCAACUAAUUAAAAAUAAUUUAAUGAAAUGAAUUUGGAAAAAAAAUUCAGCCAGGCAUGGUGGUGCAUGCCUAUAACCCAGAACUCAAGCAGCUGAGGAAAGCCAGGGAUUUAGCUCAGUGGCAUAAACUGGCCAAGCCUAACCUGUAUAGUGAAAUCCUGUCUCAAAAAGAUAAAGAUUAUUCUAAAAUAUAGCUUUGGUAUGGUGGUACAUGCCAGUAAUCUCAGCAUUCUAGGUGGCUGAGGCAUGAAGGCCUUGAGUAUGAGAUCAGCAUGGGCAAUACAGCAAGAUCCUGUCUCAAAAAAUAAUAAGGGCUGGAGAUAUAGCAAAGGCUCUGGCUUCAAUCCCUAGUAGUUUAAAUUGUGUAGGUAAAAUACAACAUGUGUUUCUUAACCUGAGCAACUGAUACUUUGGGACAGGUAAUUUUUUGUUGGUGGUUAGAGAAAGAACCUGUGUAUUGUAGGAUGUUUUACAGCACUUUUGCUUCUAUCUACUAAAUGCCAGUAGUUCCCCUCUCCUGAUGUGACAACCAAAAAUGUCACCAGAUAUUGCCAAAUGUUUCUAGGUAAAAAAUCACUGUUGUAGGAUCAAAGUAAGGCUACAGAAUUUAUUUUCUGAGGAGGGUCUUGCUGUGGAAGUUAGCCUUCAACUUGUGACAAUCAUCCCCUCAGCCUGUGUGCCAGGAUUACAGGCAUAUGCCACAUCAGGCACAGAACCUAGCAUUUUAAGAAUACAUAUUUGCUGUGAAUUAAUUCUGCAUAGUUUAGGAUGAUUAUGUAUGUAAUUAAUAAAUUAAGAACUGUAAUUAUUUAAAAGGAACUAAUUUUUCCUGUUACCUGUUUAAAUGUGCUACUUUAUGCAUGUGUGUGUGUUAGCAUGGAAGAGAUCAUUUUAAAUAAAUUUAAAACUUUUCUGGAAA